UGCAGAAAAGCCUUAAGUGUGUCUGCAAAGGUCAUGAUUCCAAGAACUGACCUCGCAGCAUUUAGCCACGCCCCCAGUCUUCUUGCACAGUAUGAGCUGCCCUGGCUGGCCCUGGAUGUCGCACUAGCUGAAGCAGGGAGUGUCACCCCAACAUUUGCGUCCCUAGGGAAAAGCGGUGCAGAAGGACACCCCCGCUGCCCCUGGGUCCAGAACAAGCGCGCCUUAGAUCGGAAGCCUUAGGGCACGGCCCAGGGGAAGAAGCAGCUUCCGCACCACCUCUAGUCUAGGCCUCAGGCUGUCAGGCACGAACCGCGGAUCCACCGGGUCCGGACAGAGACGUGGGCGUGGCUACGUUAUGCACAACGCGUGACAUCACUGUGGGCUGCGCGUGCGUGGUUGGCCUCUGACGCUCUCUGGCGGCUUGAGGGAGCCGAGCGGACGUGGAGCAUCCCCCACCGCCCCCCAACCCCCGGCGGAGGGCGAUGGAUUCUGUGACCUUUGAAGAUGUGUCUGUGAAUUUCACCCAGGAGGAGUGGGCUCUGCUGCGUCCUUCACAGAAGAAACUCUACAGUGAUGUGAUGCGGGAAACCUUCAGGAACCUGACUUCUGUAGGGAGUAAAGUGGAAGAACAGAAUAUUACAGAUCAGUACAAAAUCCAGGAGAAAAAUCUAAGAAGUUAUGUGAUUCAGAAUCUCUAUGAAAGUGAAGAAGAUAGUCAGCAUGGAGAAACCUUCAGCCAGAUUCCAAAUGUCAGUGUGACAAAGAAAACUACUGGAGGAAAAUCCUAUGAUUAUAGCAUGUGUGGAAAAAGCUUCAUGCUUCAUUCAUCUCUUAUUAGGCAUGUCAAAUCUCACCCUGGUCGUGAACCUGAUGGAUUUAAGUGUGGAGAGAAGAGAUAUAAAUGUAAGGAAUGUGGGAGAACCUUCAGUUAUCUCAAAUCCUUUCAAAGACAUGAAAAGAUUCACACUGGAGAAAACCCCUACAAGUGUAAACAGUAUGGGAAGACCUUCAUAUAUCACCAGCCCUUUCAGACACAUGAACAGACACAUAUUGCAGAGAAACCCUAUCAGUGUAAGCAUUGUGGCAAAGUUCUUAGUUCUCCCAGUUCUCUUCGAAUUCAUGAAAGGAGUCACACUGGAGAGAAGCCCUAUGAGUGUAAGAAAUGUGGCAAAGCCUUCAGUUGUCCCAGUUCUAUUCAGAUACAUGAACACACUGGAGAGAAACCCUAAUGUAAAGAAUGUGGGAAAGCCUUCAUUUCCUGCACAAGUGUUCAAACACACAUGGCAACACACAAUGGAGAUAGACCUUACAACUAUAAGGAAUGUGGGAAGGCAUUCAUCCGUCCAAGUUUCCUCCGAGUACAUGAGCGAAUUCACUCUGGAGAAAAACCAUAUGAAUGUAAACAAUGUGGUAAAGCCUUCAGAUGUUCCACUUCCAUUCAGAUCCAUGAAAGAACUCACACUGGAGAGAAACCCUGUACAUGUAAGGAGUGUGGGAAAGCUUUCAGUGCCCGACCAACCUUUCGAGUACACAUGAGAGUGCACACUGGAGAGAAACCUUAUAAAUGCAGAGAAUGUGGAAAAGCCUUCAGUCGUCUAAGUUACUGUCAUGUACAUGAAAGGACUCACACUGGAGAAAGACCCUAUGAAUGUAAAAAAAUAGGGAAAACCCUCAAUUAUCCUCUAGAUUUGAAAAUACAUGAAAGAAAUCACAGUGGAGAAAAACCAUAUGUAUGUAAGGAAUGUGCAAAGUCCUUCAUUUCUUUUGAAAACUUUAAAAGACAUUUGAUAACACACACUGGAGAUGGACCUUAUAAAUGCAGGGAAUGUGGGAAGGCUUUCAUUUUUCUCAGUGCAUUUCAAACAUAUGAGAGAACUCAUACGGGAGAGAAGCCUUACAAAUGCAAACAGUGUGGCAAAGCAUUUAGUUGUUCAAGUUAAGUUCAAAUACAUAUGAGAACCCACACUGGUGAGAAACCCUAUGAGUGUAAGGAGUGCAGAAAGGUCUUCAUUUAUGCCACAAGUUUCCAGGGACACAUGAGGAUGCACACAGGAGAGAAACCAUAUAAAUGUAAAGAAUGUAAGAAAGCCUUUAGUCUUUGCAGUUCAUUUCAAAGACAUGAAAAGAUUCACAGCAGAGGGAAACUUUUUCAAUGUAAGCAUUGUGGAAAAGCUUUCACUUUGUCCACAUCCUUAAAUACGUGAAAUUGCACAAUAAAGAAAAAUAGUGAAUGUGAGGGAUGAGGGAACAUUUUCAGUUUCAAAAAAUAGUUUCUGUUGUGAAAUUUUUCCAUUGUGAAGAAAUCUCAUACAUUUAAGUAAUAUAGGAAGCUAACUGCAGUAUAAUAGCUAACAUGUAAAAUGGGCCAUAAAGUUCAUACUGUAGAAGAAACAUAAAAGCUGAACAUUUUAUCAGUGUUUCAUUCUUUCUAAUAUAGAUGCAUUUUUUGUUUGAGGCAAGGUUUCACUAUGUAGCCUAGACUGACUUUGAACUCACAAGAGAUCU